GAGCGCAUUUUAGUUACCAUUUUGUCUUCUGCGCAACCCUGAAAUAAAAUUUUUUUCUAUUAUUCAGAAUUUGAGAAUUUGUGUUUUUGUGAGAAUAAUUUUUAAUUAUUACACGUGAUAAAUAGAUUUGAAAGAAAAUAGUUUUUUUUUAAACGUGUAUGAAAACACUACAACAAAAAUGGCUACGGGAAAGAUAGACUGGGGAAAAUAUGCUCAAGAUCAGGAGAAAUUAGCGUCACAGGUGACAAAUUUAAAUAUUGAAAAAGAUAGUUCAGCUUCAAGUGAAACAGAUGAAAAUGCUGAACAAAUUUCAGCGGCUGACAAGUCAUUGUUACAAAAAAUUAUUCGCAAAGGUCUUGUUGAAACAACACGUGAUAUAGAGAUUCAAAGAAAAGAUCCUUCUUCACCUUUGUACAGCAUAAAAUCAUUCGAAGGCUUACAUUUGAAACCAGAAUUACUGAAAGGAGUCUAUGCAAUGGGUUUCAAUGCACCUUCAAGGAUACAAGAAACUGCUCUACCGACACUUUUAGCUGAUCCACCGCAAAAUAUGAUUGCUCAAUCGCAAUCAGGAACUGGAAAAACGGCUGCUUUUAUUCUUGCAAUGUUGAGUAGGGUAGAUACAUCAAAACCAUAUCCGCAAGUUUUGUGUUUAUCACCUACUUAUGAAUUGGCGGUACAAACCGGUGAGGUAACAGCAAAAAUGUCGCAAUAUUGCCCUGAGAUUAAAAUAAAAUUUGCAGUUAGAGGCGAGGAAAUUCGUAGAGGUUCAAAAGUAGAGGAUCAUAUUAUAAUAGGAACACCAGGAAAAGUAUUGGAUUGGGCAGUGAAAUUUAAAUUUUUUGAUCUUAGUAAAAUUAUUGUUUUUGUCUUGGAUGAGGCAGAUGUCAUGAUUGAUACACAAGGUCAUCAGGAUCAAUGUAUACGUAUUCAUAAAUUACUUCCAAGAACAUGUCAAAUGAUGUUUUUCUCAGCUACAUACGAAGCGGCAGUAAUGGAUUUUGCUGAAAUUAUUGUACCAAAUCCUUUAAUAAUUCGACUAUUGAGAGAAGAGGAGAGUUUGGAUAAUAUUAAACAAUAUUAUGUUAAAUGCAAAAAUAUGGAAGAGAAAUAUAUAGCAAUGACAAAUAUUUAUGGAAAUAUUACAAUUGGCCAAGCAAUUAUUUUCUGCCACACGAGACGAACGGCUGGAUGGCUCGCGGAAAAAAUGUCCAAAGAAGGACACGCUGUCGCUAUUUUGUCUGGUGAACUUACUGUUCAGCAACGAAUUGACGUAUUGGAUCGAUUUAGAAAUGGAAUUGAAAAAGUUUUAAUCACAACGAACGUUUUAGCUCGAGGUAUUGAUGUCGAGCAAGUGACAAUUGUUGUAAAUUUCGAUUUACCAAUGGAUCAAAGUCGAAAAGCUGAUUGUGAAACGUACUUACAUCGAAUUGGUAGAACCGGUAGAUUUGGAAAAUCGGGUAUUGCUAUCAACUUGAUUGACAGUGAUCACGCAAUGCAAUUAUGUUUGGAAAUUGAACAACAUUUUGGUAAAAAAAUUGAACUUUUAGAUACAGACGAUGUUGAUGAAAUUGAAAAAAUUGGAAAAAAUUAAAAUUCAUUUUCUCCUUUUUUUUACAUAAAGUUUAUAUGUAAACUAAAAAAAAAACGUGAAAGAAAAUAAAUUUACUUUUUUUAAAUUUCUCUAAUUAAUGAAAAAAAACAGUAAAUUUAAAAUUAAAAAAAGUAAAUUUUUCUAAUUUAAGAAGUUUUUACUAAAGACGUACUUUUAGGCUCAUUUGUUUAAUUAAGAAAACACUUUCAAAAUGUACAUUACACCAAGUUACGUAAAAUAAAAAAAAAAAUGUAACUCUUUGACUUAAUACUGUAUUUUUAAGAAUGUUUAUAAACUUACAAUUUUGCUUUUUUUGUAUUUAAAAUAACUUUAAAAUACUUUAUUUUGUUUUAUAAAUAAAAAAAAACAGUAUAAAUAAAAAUUUUAAUUUUUCUUUA